AAGUGUUUGGAGAAGUUGGAGUGGCAGCUCCACUGAUAUAUUAUCUCUUCCCAUCUCUCGUCCUCCACCCUAUUUAGCAUCGGUGUCAUCCAACGCUACGUGACCUGACCCGAAAGCAGCAUGCGUCGGCCACCGAAAGCCUUUUUGCUCCUCUUCCUCCUCCUCCUCCUGUCGGCGCCUUGUUCGGGCUCCAGCUCCAGCUCCUUCGUCCCCUCCACCACCUUCUCCUCCAACCUCCGGUUCGCUUUCAGUGAGAUCCAGAAGCUCACGUCGCUGAUCUCCGGCUCGUCCGGCGUCCUGGGCGGCAACCUCCGCCUCUCCUCGGCCAUCCAUGACUGCCUAGACCUCCUCGACUUCUCCGCUGACGAGCUCACCUGGACCCUCUCCGUCGUCAAUGACCAGCGCGUGAAGACCCCUGCCACCGGGAACCACCGUUACGACAUCCGCUCCUGGCUCAGCGCCGCUGUCGGCAACCAGGACACCUGCAAGGAAGGCCUCGACAGCGCCGGCGGCCCCCUCGGAGGCCUCGCUGCCGGCGGGCUCAAGAUCGUCAGCUCACUCAUUGCCAACAGCCUCCACGAGGUUGCCGCAUCGUCGGGCGGCGGGGGUGGGGGUCGGAGGCUCCUGGGGUUCCCGGAAUGGGUGUCGGCCGGGGACAGGAGGCUUCUGCAGACGCCGGCACCGGUGGAGCCCGACGCGGUGGUGGCGCAAGACGGGAGCGGGGACUACACGUCGAUAGGGGCCGCGGUGGAGGCGGCGCCGAGUGAGAGCGAGAGCAGGUACGUGAUCUACGUGAAGAAGGGGGUGUACAUGGAGAACGUGGAGGUCAAUAAGAAGAAGUGGAACCUGAUGCUCGUCGGAGACGGCAUCGACCAAACCAUCAUCUCCGGCAGCCGGAGCGUCGCCGCUGGCUGGACUACCUUUCGCAGCGCCACCGUCGCCGCGACCGGAAGGGGUUUCAUCGCCCGGGACCUGACGAUCGAGAACACGGCGGGGCCGCAGGGCAACCAGGCGGUCGCCUUCCGCUCCGGCUCCGACCUCUCAGUCUUCUACCGCUGUGGCUUCUCCGGCUACCAGGACACGCUGUACCCGCACUCCCUCCGACAAUUCUACCGCGAGUGCCGCAUCGCCGGCACCGUCGACUUCAUCUUCGGCGACGCUGCCGUCGUCUUCCAGAGCUGCGACGUCCUCUCCCGACUCCCCAGCCCCGGUCAGAUCAACACCAUCACCGCGCAGGGCCGCCGAGACCCCGACGAGAGCACGGGCUUCUCCUUCCAGUUCUGCAACGUCUCGGCCGACGCGGACCUGAUCGGCAACACCGACCGAACGGCCACGUACCUCGGCCGGCCAUGGAGGCAGUACUCCCGGACCGUCUUCAUGCAGUCUUUUCUGGACACGUUGAUCAGGCCAGAGGGGUGGGUGGAGUGGAACGGCAACACGGUCGGGCUGGACACACUGUACUACGCCGAGUACAUGAACGACGGGCCAGGCUCAGGGUUGGAGGGACGAGUCAACUGGCCGGGUUACCACGCUAUCAGUGACCCAGCGGAGGCCGGCGAGUUCACGGUGGCUCAAUUCAUCGACGGAGACGCGUGGUUGCCGGCGACCGGCGUGAAGUACACUUCCGGAUUGACGAUGUGAGGGAGAAGAACGUGUUGACGCAGCGCGUUUGACUCAUGUGUGAUGGACGUGCAUAGUGUCUAAUAGUAUUGUACUUGUGAUUCCUUGGAGUUCAUCACAUAAUAAACGUAGUAAUAAGCUUAUAUAU